AGGAGAAGCAGUAUGAAAAAGCUCGAGUCUGAGUUCUGAGCAGGUUCUCUCCAUUUCAAUUCUGCUGGAUCCAGUCUGCAUGGAAACAGGACGGCUGAGACCCAACUGAGACAGUCAGGAGCCGGAAGUGGACUCUUGGUGGAGGGCAGACCCACCGAGACAAGAGAGGUCGUCGCAGGUCUUUCCCCUCAUUGCAAAGCAUCGUUUUGUGCAAGUAUGAAUCCGGUGUGGAAGGUUUAUAAAAGCAAAGUGAUGAAGACUCUUAAUCCUGAGUAUGAGGAGGACACUGGUGAAGAGGUAACAGAGUCAGAGAAUGACAUGAGUCCAAUGCAGGAGGAUGAGGGGCCCAACGCUGUCACCCAACUGGCCAGAAAAAUGCAGGGAGCUGGAGCUAAAAGCUGGAACAGACUAUCGUCUCUCUUCAACAAAGAUGAUGAGCACCAGCUUUUAGAGGAGACUGAGAGCCCGCCAGUUGCCGACCACCCUCUCGCUGUAAGACCAGAGGAGCCUCCUCGAUUCACCAGGCGCACGGGAUUGUGGGAUAGCUUUGCAACCAACUGGGCAGCCAAGAAGCAGGCUGAAGCUGCAGCUGCAGCUGCUGCAGCUGCUUCCAAUGAGGGAGCUGAAGUGCAAGCUGAAGAAGGCCUGUCAGACAGCAGAGGGGAGGAGCUGCAGGACGGGCAGGUCGUCGAUGGAGACGAGAGUGAAGGAGGAGGAAGGAGCAACAACAGCUUCUCAAAAUACGUCUCGCUGGGAGGAGGCAACGAGGAUGCAUCCUUUAAGUGGAACUUUGUGACCAGCAAGCUAGCAGAGAUGAAGACCAAAAGCAUGACCAAGACAAACUAGCUAUGGAGAGAAUUAUAAUAAAUCACGAUGAUUGGGAUCAUUUAUUUCACAAAAAACAUCCUGAAAUUAAGUUAAUCAACUGAAAAAGUAUGAGUGAUGCAUUAAACUAUUCAACAGAGAUGUUAGUUCAUCAACACAACCAAGCAAUUAAACUGCUUUACUUUAUGUGUUUUGUUGUCGCGUGUCAGAAAGGAUUAUUAUCAUGCAUUUUAAAACAUGACUGAUUGUUUGCUUAACCAAAGAUACAACUGAUACAACAGGAUUCAAAGAUUAAGAAACUCUGGAUUACUGCAGCAUUGUUACUGAUGUAUGUAAGGAGAAAAAAAGUAGUGUGUUUCAUGAAAGGAGUUGUACUAAACAAUGAUUAUGUUAAUUUAUGGGGGGAUGGUGGGUGUACUAUACACGUUUGCACACUAUUGUUUCUUUAAUAGCCUUAAAAGCCUUAAAAGCCAGCAGUGCAAUUAACAACCAUUAUAAUGACAAACGUCAGCAGGUUUAAGCCUGGUAAAGAAGAAACACCAGCUUUUUGUUCUUACUGGUGUUUGUGUGGUAACAUCUGGUUUCCCAAGUGCCUCUUCAACCACACGAAAAGGCCUUUCAUACCCGUCACCAAAGUCAAGUUAAUCUGCAGUUUGGUAAAAACUGGAUUAAAAGAUUAGAAAAAGUGAUACCUGGAUUAGUUGAGUAUUAUCUCACUUAACCUGUUUAGAGGUCAGAAGAUUAAACCUGAGUUACCUGGAGGUGUGGCCAGACUAUUACAUGAUAAUCUGCAAGGAUUUUUCCAGACAAAAAUGUGUUUGGUGAGGAAACGUCAUCUGAUAUGAACACUUGAGUUUUCUGAUUGUGACUGAAUUUGACAUGUGCACUGUGUGACUCUGACAAUUUUAUUUUGUGACAUGAAACGUGGCUUAUAGUUGUGUCAUUUCCUGCCUUCUUUGAUUUUAA